AUGGGAAAGAAAGCUGGCAGCUGGCUGGUGACGUCACUACUUCUUGUGUGUGUGCUCCUGUUGCUACUCUACCGCGUCUGGCUGGUCAUGCACCGGAUGAUGCCCCCUGGUCUGGCAGAGGCGGAGAAGAUUCGAUGGUUGGAUGAGCUGGGGCGGAUCGCCAAAAGUUGGGGUGUGUUUCUCCACGACCUGGGAGUGGAGCCGGGAGCUCAGCCCCUGAAGAUCUUCAUCAACACUGCCUUUUCUUUGUUGUUCAACCCGCUGCCAUGGCAACGAGUUGUUUACAGGGAGGUCAAGGUGAGCCAAGAUGUCUACCAGGGCGUCCCUGUGAGCACAUACACACCUGUACAACACGCGCCAGGUGCCAGGUGCCAGGGCUAUCCCACCAUCGUCUACUUCCACGGGGGUGGCUGGACCUGGCUGUCCGUGG